AUGGUACUACCAUCCAUUCAUGCAUCCAAUGAAGGCAAACGCUCUCCAAAACGUAGAUUUGAAGGGACUUUGAAGUCCAGUACCUCCAAAAUUACUAAAAGUGGCUCUGACGAUGGUGGAAAUCAUAAAUAUACUGUCGCUGAUAUUGACCAACUGAUUCAAAAUACCCCUGAUGAAGAUUGUGCAAUGAUAGAUAUGCAGGAUGAGGAUGAUGUGCAAAAUGUGUCAAAAAUGCUAUCAAAUAGAAGGUCGAGCCUAAUAGAAAACCAAGAUGAGAUACCCUUAUCUCGAGAAGAUGUGGACUCGCGAAUCCCGACUUUGACUCCAACAAGGGUGAAGACUUUGUUUGUCGUUGAUACAAACUUUCUUAUCUCACAUCUAGGUACAUUGGAGUCUCUAAGGCGAUUGGGACAGUCGUUUCAUCAUCAAAUUGUUUUACCCAACACAGUUAUACGAGAACUGGAUGGAUUGAAAAACUCAUCGAGAGAGGUACAACUGAGUGAGGGAACUGAAAGCAUAGGAAAACUGGCUCGUCGGGCCAAUGACUGGAUUUAUAAGAAUUUUGCAAAUCUGAACUCAGCUGUCAUGGGACAAAAAUUGGGACAGGCCAUCAACCCUAAUUGUGUAAAGGAUGAUGCUAUUCUUGAUUGUGGCCUAUAUUUCAAGGAAAAAAUGGACUGCUUUGUUAUCCUCUUAUCAAAUGAUAAGAACUUAUGUGUCAAGGCCCUCACAGAGAAUCUUUUAACGGUUACUUUCAAGAAAGGAAUGACAGCAGAGUUGAUCGCUUCAAUGACUUAUAAUGAAAAUCUAUCGCUCUUUGGGCCCGGUGCCCAUAAUGAUGAACCAAUGGACGACACUCAGGUUUCGGCAGCGAAUUUGAUACAAAGAGCCGCCGAGGUAUAUCGUGAGAUAACUACGGCUGUUACUGAAGCAAUCAUUCAUGUGAUUAAUGAUGAGUAUGGCGAAGAUGUUGACCUGCUAGGUUUUCAAGCGGACACUUUAACUGAUCUACUAUCCGCCACUCACUGCCUAGAGAAAUUUUGGAUUUCGGUUUUUGCUGAGUAUUUCAAAAGAUCAAGGAUAAAGAAGAAUGACUGGAAAGGGUUUCCCGAUUGCCUCACUAGUUUGCCGACAAGUUUCGGUGACCUAAAGAAUCUCGUCAAUUUUUGGGGGGAGAUUUUGAAGUACCUUUUCAUGAAGAGAUGUGACGAGGACAAUGAAAAUUUGGAAAAAUCUAUCCAAUAUUGGACACACAUGAGUGCAUUAGGGAGCUGA